CAACUGACCAAAACUUUUCCACUCAAUUGAAAACUUAAGUAGCCCCUAAAAAAUAUCACUUGAACUCUAUAAAAGUCGCUGGCAUUUCGCUCGACUGCGUCACAAGCAUAUGGAAUCGAGCUUAAGAUGGUCUUCAAGCUCAUUAAGCAAGCGCCACUGACGGAGCAAGUUCACUCUAAGGAUGGCUGCAUCUACUUGUAUCGGGCCAUGAAAUUCAUUGGCUGGCGUCCACCGAAGUCGGGCAUUUGGCGCUACGUCUAUCUCACCUGGACACUGACAACGUUCAUUUGGUGCACCACAUAUUUGCCACUUGGAUUCCUCGGCAGCUACAUGACGCAGAUCAAGUUAUUCUCACCCGGCGAGUUUCUCACCUCACUGCAGGUGUGCAUCAAUGCAUACGGAUCAUCGGUGAAGGUGGCCAUCACAUAUUCACAGCUCUGGCGACUGGUCAAGGCCAGAGAUUUGCUCGAUAAACUGGAUGUGCGUUGCACAAGCGACGAGGAGCGCGAGAAAAUCCAUCGUGUUGUGGCCCGUAGCAAUCAUGCGUUCCUCAUCUUCACCUUUGUCUACUGCGGCUAUGCGGGCUCCACGUAUCUCAGCUCGGUGCUGAGCGGUCGUCCGCCCUGGCAGCUGUACAAUCCACUGAUUGACUGGCACGACGGCACUCUCAAGCUGUGGAUAGCCUCGACUUUUGAGUAUAUGGUCAUGUCGGGUGCCGUGCUGCAGGAUCAGCUCUCGGACACUUAUCCGUUGGUCUACACAUUGAUUUUGCGUACACAUCUCGAUAUUCUCAAAGAGCGCAUUCGCAGACUGCGCACGGAUGAGAACAUGACCGAGGAGGAGAACUACGAGGCGCUGGUCAACUGUGUGCUAGAUCACAAGCUAAUCUUAAAAUACUGCGCUUUGAUUCGUCCUGUUAUUUCGGGCACAAUAUUCACACAGUUUCUGCUGAUUGGCGUUGUGCUCGGCCUCACGCUGAUCAAUGUGUUCUUCUUCUCGGAUAUCUGGACGGGAAUUGCAUCGUUCAUGUUUGUCAUCACCAUACUGCUGCAGACGUUCCCCUUCUGCUACACCUGCAACCUCAUUAUGGAUGACUGUGCGGCGCUGUCGCACGCCAUCUUUCAAAGUAAUUGGAUAGAUUCCGGCUCGCGAUACCAGUCGACUCUAUUGUAUUUUCUACACAAUGUGCAGCAGCCCAUCGUUUUCAUAGCCGGCGGCAUCUUUCAAAUCUCAAUGAGCAGCAACAUAAGCGUCGCCAAAUUCGCCUUCUCGGUCAUCACCAUCACGAAGCAAAUGAAUAUUGCAGAUAAAUUUAAAACCGAUUAAAAUUUAUUGGAUGCAGUCAGCUAUUUAUUUGUUGGCCUCUUAAGAAAA